AUGGAAUAAGCAAUGAGUGGUGUUUGGUGGUUAAAGGCACAUAGAAGAGAAUUCAGUUCAGCAUUUCAGCAAACACAUAGUGAGUGAGUGUGAGGACACUAAAAAAUCAUCAAUUUCUCCCUCAAAGACACACAGGGCAUGCCCGGCACCCUCGGCGGCUUCAUCCUCCGCUCCCUUCAGUUCGCCUUCGCCCUCAUCUCCCUCUCCGUCAUGGCCUCCACCUCCGAUUUCCCUACCGUCACUGCUUUCCGCUACCUAGUUGCUGCUGUCAGCCUGCAAUGCUUGUGGAGCCUCUCUUUGGCGAUUGCUGAUGUCUAUGCCAUUUUAAUAAAGCGCGGCUUCCGAAAUUCCAGAGUUUCCAGCUUAUUCUCUAUUGGCGAUGGGAUUACUUCAACACUCACAUUUUCUGCUGCCUGUGCUUCUGCUGGCAUCACAGUCCUAAUUGGCAAUGAUCUGAAUGAUUGUUCACAGAACCAUUGCAGCCGGUUUGAGACAGCAACAGCCAUGGCAUUCAUGAGUUGGUUUGCUGCUUCGCCCUCGUUUAUUUUGAAUUUUUGGACGCUGGCAUCCAAAUAGAAGUAUCAAGGAGAGCUUUUAGUCAUACAUAUUUGCUUAAAUUAUGUGUACUGAAGUCCCUAGUUGUUGCAUAUCAUAUAUUCAAGGGCUUUUUUUUUAAUCCAGUGAAGCAUUUCCACUCUUUUAAGGCACAAGCUUGUAAACUUUAGUGUAGAUGUUAUAUAUUUUAAACGACGAAAUCUUAGUUUUGCAGUCAAAUUAUGUCUUGUGGCACAAAA